AUGUCUCAGGAAAACGAAAUCCUAACGCUUGAUGGUAGUGUUUUUGAAGGUGGAGGUCAAGUUCUUCGAAACUGUGUCGCCCUCAGUUGCCUGUUAAAUAAGUCAAUUCAAAUUGUAAACAUUCGAGCAAAUCGUGAUAAACCCGGACUCAGACCUCAACAUUUGUCCGGUAUCCAACUCGUACGUGACAUCUUUCAAGCAGAUCUGCAGGGAGACAAGAUUGGAUCCCGAGAGAUCUUGUUCCGUCCCGAAAAAGUUGGCAGUUCGAAAACUUAUAUAGCAGACACGAAAACGGCAGGGAGUAUUGCAUUAUUGAUACAAAUCUCUCUCCUACCUUUGGUAUUCUCCGCUCCCCCGCCUGUAUCCCAUUUAACGCUUCCUCCUCGGGCGAACAAGGUGGUUCUCAAAGGCGGGACCAAUGUGAACGCAGCACCGCCGAUCGAUUUCUUGAUAGAAAUUUUCAGACCCAUCGUACAACGGGAAUUUGGAUUUACUUUUGAUAUUAAUAUCAUUGGACGUGGAUAUUAUCCUCAGGGCGGAGGAGAGGUUAUGUUACGCGUUGACCCAGUAGUUGGAAGAGCUUUAAAUCCAGUAAAGAUGGUUGACCGGGGUACCGUCGUUAAUAUCAAGGGGCAAACGAGUAAACAUUACGAAUACACCUGUUCAGGUAUCUCUGACCCAACGUUACCUGAAAUCAGCGGGAUCAAGCCUGACAUAGAAAUAAAUGUCGAAAAGGCUGUUAGCAAAGGGUUUGACUUAUUAUUAUGGGCAGAGACCAGUACUGGGUGCAUAAUGAGCGGCAGUGCAAUUGGAAGUAAAAGACAAUCUCCGGAGGAUGUUGGAAAGAAAGCUGCCGAAGAACUUUUGCAAAAUCUUAGUCACGGUGGAUGCGUAGAUGAAUAUCUCCAAGAUCAACUGAUCAUCUUUAUGUCACUCGCCGAAGGAAAAUCUCAAUUGGCCACGGGUCCGAUAACUAUGCACACUCGUACAGCCAUACAUUUUGCUGAGAAAAUGUUGGGAAUAAAGUUUCAAAUAUCCAAACUUGAAUCACGACAAUAUGUUAAAUUGGAAGAUGAUGCACCCGACGAAGCAUAUGAUGGUGGCCCGUUCAUUAUAGAAUGUGAGGGUGUAGGAUUAAAAAUCGUCAAUGACAACGCGCAACAGACUGCGUAA